CGGUGGAGGUCGGAUGUCGCCUGACCGGAUGAUAGCGAGAAGUUUUGUUUCUUGAGUUUACGAAUGAUUGAGCCUCUGACCACUACACGAAUCUUAAUGCAAGCGCCGUAAAACGCAUCACCUGACCGUUACUGAAUGUUUUAUGAGUAAUUUGUCUUUGAUAGACUGGACUGAAAGUGUUUGAAGGGUGGAAAUUGAACACUUGACAGUAACCCGAGCUCCCUGCUGCUGCGAGCCCGUUCCUGAGCGCUGAGAGACGGCCAGAAACCAUGGGCAACCGGGGGAUGGAGGAAUUGAUCCCCCUGAUCAAUAAACUCCAAGAUGCUUUCAGUUCCAUUGGCCAAAGCUGUAACUUAGACCUGCCGCAGAUCGCAGUGGUGGGAGGACAGAGCGCCGGAAAAAGCUCCGUGCUUGAAAAUUUCGUCGGCAGGGAUUUCCUUCCUCGAGGUUCAGGCAUUGUCACUCGCAGGCCACUCAUUCUGCAGCUUGUUAACAACAAAGCCGAAUAUGCAGAGUUCUUGCACUGCAAAGGGAGGAAGUUUGUGGACUUUGAUGAAGUCCGGCAGGAAAUUGAAGCGGAGACAGACAGGAUUACAGGGUCCAAUAAGGGCAUCUCUCCAAUCCCCAUAAACCUGAGGGUCUACUCUCCAAAUGUAUUGAAUCUGACCCUCAUCGAUUUGCCGGGUAUGACCAAGAUUGCUGUGGGCGACCAGCCACCAGAUAUCGAGCACCAGAUUCGAGACAUGAUUCUGCAGUUUACCACAAAGGAGAGUUGUCUGAUCCUGGCCGUCACCCCUGCCAACACUGAUUUGGCCAACUCUGAUGCCCUCAAGAUGGCGAAGGAGGUGGACCCUCAAGGACUGCGUACCAUUGGUGUGAUCACGAAACUGGAUUUGAUGGACGAAGGCACGGAUGCCAGAGAGAUCCUAGAAAAUAAACUCUUACCACUGCGUAGAGGUUAUAUUGGCGUGGUGAACCGCAGUCAGAAAGAUAUAGAUGGUAGGAAGGAUAUUCGUGCCGCGCAGGCGGCAGAGAGGAAGUUCUUCCUGUCCCACCCCAGUUACAGACACUUGGCUGAAAGAAUGGGAACACCACACCUGCAGAAGAUCCUUAACCAGCAAUUGACCAACCACAUCCGAGACACACUGCCCGGCCUGCGAAGCAAACUCCAGUCUCAGCUCCUGUCUCUGGAGAAGGAGGUGGAAGAAUACAAGAACUUCCGCCCAGAUGACCCCACACGAAAGACCAAGGCCCUGCUACAGAUGGUCCAGCAGUUUGGAGUGGACUUUGAGAAGUGCAUCGAGGGGUCUGGAGACCAGGUGGACACGGCAGAGCUGUCUGGAGGUGCCAGGAUUAACCGCAUUUUUCAUGAGCGCUUCCCCUUCGAGCUGGUUAAGAUUGUUUUUGAUGAGAAGGAGCUACGGCGAGAAAUCAGUCACGCCAUUAAGAACGUCCAUGGUGUCAGAACUGGGCUGUUCACUCCAGAUCUGGCGUUUGAAGCCAUCGUGAAAAAGCAGAUCAUUAAGCUGAAAGAGCCCUGUCUGAAAUGUAUCGAUCUGGUUAUUCAAGAGCUCAUCAACACAUUCAGGCAGUGCACCAACAAGCUGGGCUCUUACCCCAGACUGCGAGAAGAGACCGAGAGAAUUGUUACCACUUACGUCAGGGAGAGAGAAGGCAAGACCAAGGACCAGGUUCUUUUGCUGAUUGACAUCGAGCUGUCUUACAUCAACACCAAUCAUGAAGACUUCAUUGGAUUUGCAAAUGCCCAGCAAAGAAACACUGUCAACAAGAAGAGGGCCGUUCCCAACCAGCUAGGUGGCCUGAGAGAAGGAGAACCUGAGAAGGUUAUCCGUAAAGGUUGGCUGACCCUCAACAUCAGCAUCAUGAAGGGUGGUUCCAAGGAGUAUUGGUUCAUCCUGACGGCCGAAUCACUGUCCUGGUACAAGGACGAAGAGGAAAAAGAGAAGAAAUACAUGCUUCCUCUGGACAACCUGAAGCUCAGAGAUGUGGAGAAAGGCUUCAUGUCCACUAAGCACAUUUUCGCUAUCUUCAACACUGAGCAAAGGAAUGUUUAUAAGGACUUGCGUCAGAUCGAGCUGGCCUGCGACACUCAGGAGGACAUGGACAGCUGGAAAGCCUCUUUUCUCAGAGCGGGAGUUUAUCCUGAGAAAGAUCAGGUGGAGUCAGAAGAGGCCGCUCCAGCAGACACCUUCUCCAUGGACCCUCAGCUGGAAAGGCAGGUGGAAACCAUCCGUAACCUGGUGGACUCCUACAUCGGUAUCGUCAACAAGACCAUCAGAGACCUCAUGCCCAAGACUAUCAUGCAUCUUAUGAUCAACAGCGCUAAAGACUUCAUCCAUUCAGAGCUGUUGGCAUACCUGUACUCAUCAGGAGAUCAGAACAGUCUGAUGGAGGAGUCUGCAGACCAGGCCCAGCGCAGAGACGAGAUGCUGCGCAUGUAUCACGCCAUCAAAGAGGCCCUCAACAUCAUCGGUGACAUCAGCACCAGCACUAUAUCCACCCCCGUGCCUCCGCCCGUCAACGACAGUUGGAUGCCAGACACUAGCCCCACCCCCCAGCGCAGACCGGCGGCGACAGCCCCUCCUCCCAACAGGCCUCCAGCAGUUAGAGGCCCCACACCAGGCCCGCCUACUCUUAACCCCACCCCUGCCUACGUGGCUCCGCCCAUCCCCUAUCGGCCAGUCCAGCCCAUGAAUGCCUUCAGCAACAGUGGCCAGGAUCCUUUCAGUGCUCCUCCUCAGAUCCCCUCUCGCCCUGCACGCAUACCCCCCGGCAUCCCCAGCAGAAGACCCCCUGGCGCUCCCAACCGGCCCACCAUUAUCCGCCCUGCCGAGCCCUCCCUACUAGACUAGUCCCGUGCACUGGACACCAUAGUUUGUUGGCCUCACACAAAGAGAGAGAGAGAGAGAGAGGAAGGGCUGAAGAACUGCACUGAAAUUAUGUGCACAUGUGUCUACACAUACAGCCUGACCAAUAGACCUAAAUAAUCCACUCAAAACUGUUCUUUAAUCAGCGCUGCUAUUUACAUCCUUAGUUUUUAAAGCCCACAGUUCUAAAUUAAGCACAUAAAUAUUACAAUUAUUAUUAUUAUUAAUAUUUUGUUAAAAUAUAGAGUGAACUAAAGGGUGUAGUGGCCUCCAAUUUUCAGUCAUUUCAUCCUUCACAUAGUUCAGGUGACCACCAGAGGGUAGCCUACUCAACUUGUAUAGAUAAAACAAAAUUAUGCCUCCUCUAGUGAUCUAAUGGGGGAUAAAUUGUACAAAAGCACUGUGCAAGCUAGAUGCUGUUAAACUAGCCUGCUUUCUUCCUGUUCUUGGGUAACUUAAGGGCGGUUAAAAACUUUCUUGUAAUAGACACACAAUGUAUUUUUUCCAUUCUGUGUUUCCCUAACUCUUAAACUUGAUAUGCUGUAAAAGACACCACCGCUGUUAUCAUUAUUGAUAUUUGGGGUUUAUUUUUAUAUUCUUUUUUUUCUCUUGAAAUUGUUUUUCAUGCUCAAUUUGGCAUAUUGUAUAAGCAACUCUCUAAAUUACUGAUGAACUCUCUAUUCACUCAAUUAGAAAAGUGUAAAGUAUGGUUUUUCAUUGAUUUUGAUGCUGUCCGAAUUGGCACUUGGUCCCGCACGACUGUUAAUUGUGACUCCGUAGCAGCUAACCAAUCAUUAUUAAAAAAAUCCUAGAUGUCAACUCUCAUUUUUGGUGUUAAGAAAUCCAAAACUGCCUUUCUAUUGUGUCAGGAAGGCACGUCUAUUCUUCUAGCUACGGUAAUUUCAUGGAUAGUUGGAGGUAGCGGUGUUUGUAUGCACAUUUCUGUAAUGAUUUGUUAAUACAAAUAAUAAUUUGUGUAUUUAAAUAUAAUCCUGGAAAGCACAGUAACCACUUGUGACGGGCCGACCCAUCAGCGCUCUGUAAGAUAGCGUCUCAGGUAACAUCCCACUCCAAAUCUGGUAACAUAGUUUACAUUAGCAUACCAGUCCUGGUUUGAUCAUUGUAUCUUAAAUUCAUCUGCAGGACCUUGUGGGUCGUAUUGACUUCACAUUCACGGAUGUUAAGGUUUGGGGUAGAGUGCUACAGGAACUGGGAAUGCACUGGAGGUUAAUUUUGGGCAACUUCAACACAGGGUCACUGAAAAGGUUAUAUGCAAGCGUAUUUGGGGUCAUGGGGUGUUUCGUACUGGACCGCAACAGGGAACCAGUCUGUUCUCACAUACAGACAGACACUGGGAACAUUACGAAACUUUAAGAGCGAAAUGAUGAACCUUUAAAUGAAUAGUUCCCACAAAAAUUAAAAUUCUGUCAUUAUUAACUCACCCUGAUGUCAUUCCAAACCCAUAUAACUUUUUUAUUCUAUGGAACACAAAAUAAAUGUUAGGUAGGAUUUUCACACUGCUCUUUUUCAUGCAAUGAAAGUGAAUGGUGACCAGGGGCUUUCAUCUCCAAAAAAGACCAAAAAACUCCAUAAAAGUAGUCCAUACAACUUAUGAACUGUAUAAGAAUUCUUCUGAAGUCAUACUCUGUGUGAGGAACAGACUGAAAUUUAAGCGGUUACAGAAUAAAAAAUCUUCCCCUGCGCCAUAGCUCUAAAAUAUCAUAUGUAUGGUUUGAAUAUACGCAUAUUCCAAUUUGUAACGAAACACAAGAAUUAAUGACAUAUGGCAUCAUUGAUGUCAAACCUGGUGUGACUUUAUGCGAAAUGAUUUUCAGUGAGUAGCAGAUUAAAUUUCAGUAUUUUCCUCACACAAAGCUAUUGUGUUGCUUCAGAAGACUUGGAGUAGAGAGUAUGCAUCAUAUACUUUUAUGGUGCUUUUCACCUUUUUUGGAACUUGACAGCCUCUGGUCACCAUUCACUUCCAUUGUAUGGAAAAGAGCAGCGCUAACAUUCUGCUAAAUGUCUCCAUUUGUAUUUCUAUGGAAGAAAGUAAAUUAUACCGUUUGGAGCGACAUUAAGGUAAGUAAAUGAUGACAGAAUUUGAAUUUUUGGGUGAACUAUUCCUUUAACAUAGAGAUCAUUCUAGAUUUACUAACACAAACGUUGGUGGUGUGGCUUGGGCAAAAGGGUAAUCUUAUUUCUGAGUGUAUUAUUUAUAACCUGGGCAUUUGUCUUUUUGUUGAUUUGCAUUUCAUUAACUGUUUGUUUCCUUUUUUUUUUAAAUAGCACAAUAUAUUCUUCCCUUUUGAACAAUACUGAUAAGGGCGUAAAGAAUUCAGAGUGAAAACGGUCAAGCUGGUUUCCUGUUGAUCCUGUUUUGAUUUGCUCUAGCUGAAAUUUUUGUUGUUUGCUUGUAUUGAUCAGAGGGAGAUGGGACAAAUUGUUUUGUGUGAACUAUGCCUUUAAUUUUUGAAUUCGCUUGUCUUAUGGCUACAGUGAUAGCGACUGCCCCUCUUCUCCACAAUACACAAUUCACCUGAUUUGAAGGCUUGACUUGAGCUUGUGUGCAUUUUCAAAUUAUAUUUCAAAUUACAAUAUUUUUGGGCUGGAUAAAGCUCAAAUCACUGUAGCCAUAUCUUUCAUUGACACCCUGUAGUUUUUAAGGUUAUGGUGACCCUGUCCCUGUCCCUGCCCAUUCCUCCUGUCUCCUUUUGAAUAGAGAGGGGGACUGAGGACAUAUUUAGCAUUCUUUUUUAUGCUUUUGGAGUAACAAAUCAUUGUCAAGUGUCUGUGUAGCAAAUAAAAUGGACUUGGAGCAGAAUGCACAGUGAGAAUGGUAAAGUGAGAUAAUUAAAGGUGAUGUGUAUAAUAAAGAUCUGGCGCUUUG